AUGGCAGCAGUGGCGUUUCCUGAGGGCGGUGCCCAUUUCUAUACCCGAGAUUAUCUCUCCACACGCUCGCCAUCGACCAUCGCGUGGAUUGGCAGUGUCAAUGCUUUUUUAAUCGUCUUUGGUGGAUUGGUAUCUGGACGGCUGUUCGACUGCGGCUACUUCUACCACCUCCUUUAUGGCGGCUGUCUCCUCCAAUGCUUUAGUCUCUUCAUGCUCUCGCUCUGCAGGCCGCAACAGCUCUACCAGAUAUUCCUCGCACAAGGCGUCGGGGUCGCCGUCGGCGCGGGCAUCGUCUAUGUCCCAUCCGUUUCUGUCGUCUCUCACUACUUCCAGCGCAGACGCGCACUUGCACUGACAAUUGUCGCGAGCGGGUCCUCCCUCGGAGCAGUCAUACACCCCAUUCUCCUCAACAAUCUGCUGAAGACGCGGGGGUUUGCUGUCGCCGUUCGCGCGAGUGCGGGGCUCGUCUCAGGAAUGGUGCUCAUCGCAUGUCUACUGAUGCGCUCGCGCUUGCCGCCCCCGCGCGAGGUGUUUGUUCUCGCCACGAUAGGGAUGACGCUGUUCACGAUGGGGCCCAACUUCCCCAUCUUCUACUUCCAGCUCAAUGCGGUCAAGCAUGGCAUCGAUGAGGGCUUCGCGUUCUAUGCGCUCGUCAUUAUGAACUCUGCGUCUGUGCUCGGCCGUCUCUCGCCCGGCGUGCUGCUCCCGCACCUGGGCCCGUUCGGCAUCGUUUACCUAGUCACCGGCGCCGCGUUUUGCGCCAGCAUCUUGAUCUUCGCGAUGAUUGCACUCAAAAGUGUCGCGAGCUUCGUCAUUAUCGGUGUCCUCUAUGGGCUGUGUGCAGGGCUAUACAUCACCCUCAGCCCGCCGCUCGUCGCGUUUUUGACGAAGGACAUGGGCGAACUAGGGUAUGUUUUCGUCUCAGAGGUUGGAUGA